AUGGCGACCGCUUCAUCUUCUGCGAUCGGUAAAGUCUCUCGAGAAGAAUUUCGACGUCAAAAAGAUUUAGAUGCUGCUCGUAAGGCAGGUAACGCACCAGCUGAAGUCGAUGAAGAUGGUAACGCUAUCAAUCCUCAUAUCCCACAGUUCAUGGCCCAGGCACCUUGGUACAUGAACACCGGUGCGCCUUCACUCAAACAUCAGAAAGGUAAAGAGUACAACGCGGAUCCAGCAAAAUUAAAAGAACAAGUUUUAAGAGGGAUCAAGAUCCAAUCAGCAACAAAGUAUCGUAAAGGAGCUUGUACGAAUUGUGGAGCGAUGAGUCAUCAAGUUCAAGAUUGUUUAGAAAGACCAAGAAAGAAGGGAGCUAAAUGGACGAAUUCAGAUAUAGCACCAGAUGAAUAUUUAGCAGGACAAAAAGGAGAAGAUUGGGAUUCAAAACGAGAUAGAUGGGAUGGUUAUGAUCCAUCUGAACAUAAAAAAGUAGUAGAAGAACAUCAAGCAUUAGAAUCUGCAAGACAAAAGAUGAGAGAAGAACAAUUAGAUAAAUCGACUGAUUUAAAAGAAGUGAAAAAAGUAGCAAGAGCUGGUAAAGUAGCGAAAAAGAAAACAGCAGAUGAAGAUGAAUUCGGUAGUAGUGAUGAAAGUGAUGAUGAAGAUGAAGAUAAAUAUGCAGAUGCUGCAGAUCAAGCUGGUCAAAAGAUGGAUGCUAAGACUCGUAUGACGGUCCGAAACUUGAGAAUCAGAGAAGAUACUGCAAAGUAUCUUAUGAACCUGGAUGUCGAUUCUGCUUACUACGAUCCUAAAACUCGUUCGAUGAGAGAGGCACCACAAGCCGAUGUAGCUCCAGAAGACGCCAAAUUUGCUGGUGACAACUUUUCACGUUCAUCAGCAGGAGCUACGGAGGUACAAAAACUUCAACUUUUCGCGUGGCAAUCCGAACAAAGAGGAAACGAUGUACACAUUAACGCCAACCCAACCCAAGGAGAAUUAUUACAUCAAGAGUUUCUUAAGAAGAAGGAAAAACUUAAGGAGACGAGUAAGGUUGGGAUCUUGGAAAGAUAUGGUGGUGAAGAACAUUUAGAAAGAGUUCCAUUAGAACUCUUGAGUGGUCAAACUGAGAAUUAUGUAGAAUAUUCUAGAACUGGUCAGGUUACAAAGGGUCAAGAGCGUGCUAAAGCUAAAUCUAAGUACGAUGAAGAUGGAAUCGAAGCAUAUAGUGCCGAAGCCAAUGUACCAGCUGGUACUAGAUCAUUACUAAAUCAACAAGAUCAAUCCAAAUCAUUUGUAGAAUUAAUGGAAGAAAACAUUAAAAGAAAAGCAGCAGAAACAGCUGCGAUGGUAGGUAAAGGAAAGAAAAGAGUAAUAGAUGAAGAAGUUGAACGUGAAGAACGUGAAAUUGAAAGAGCUAGUAGGAAAAGAUUAGGUGGACGUGAUGAAACGGGAGAAUUGAAUAAAGAAAAACUUCAAAAAGCUAUUGAAAGUGAAAAACGUAGAAAGAGAACUGAAGUUGGUGAUGAAUCUAAUGGGUAUAAUGCACAAGAUGAUGACCUUGAAUUGACAGAAGAACAGUUAGAGGCUUAUAGAAUGAACCGAGAUCUUGGACACGAGGAUCCUAUGAAUAAUAUCAAGGGUGAAGAAUUAUUACCCCUUUGAACUUUAACCUCCCUCUUGAUAUCACAAUUGUGAUAGGAUUUCUAUCGUUUCUUCGAUUCCAUCUGUUUUCAAACUAUGUAUGAUAUCUAUCUUUGCUAGUCACUGUUUUCUCAUAGUCAUACGGGCUGUUCAUAAUGUAAUUUGCUUUAUGUAGUGAUUUUCG